UACAGCGCAGCGAAGCUAAGAAAAGGGAUGGUCAUCUGCAUCUUCCUGAAGACCUCAUUUCCUUAAGGAUGUCAGUUGUAGCUCAGUCUUUCCACAUCUUCGGCCUGCGAGCUGGAGUCACCAACAAUGUGUGCUACAAUGAUGAGCAGACCAUCAUUUUCCCUUCCGGCAACAACUGUGUGAGAUACAACGUUGACCAGAAAUGGCAGAAGUUUAUUCCAGGGUCAGAGAAGAGUCAGGGCAUUAUAGCUCUAGCCAUCAGCCCAAACAGGCGCUACCUGGCAGUGUCUGAAAGAGGUGACAGAGGCACCAUCACCGUGUACGACCUGCAGCAUGACCAAAGCAAAAAGAGGAAGGUCCUGAGUGCAGGGGAUGCCCCGGUGCAGGAGUUUCUCUGCAUGGCUUUCUCUCCUGACUCCAAGUAUUUGAUUGGGCAGGCGGGAGCGCCAGAUUGGAACCUGUUUUACUGGAUGUGGGAGAAGCAGAAAGUCAUGGCUGCGGUGAAGUCUACCAACCCAGCAAAUCCUGUUUACCAGAUCAGCUUCAAUCCCCGUGAUAACACUCAGGUUUGUGUCACGGGUAGUGGGGUCUUCAAGCUCUUCCGCUACAGCGAAGGGAGCCUCAAACAGACUAACACUCAGAGGCUGGAUGCUCAGAAUUACUUAUCUCAUGCCUGGGUGACUGACGACCGCAUUAUUGUCGGUACAGACAAUGGGAGACUUCUGCUGUUUGAGGGUGGGGAUCUGCGGUGGGAGACGCACGUGGUGCCCAAGCCAUCGACUCGUGACAGUGACAGGUCGCUACCAUCUAAAGGAGAAAUAGAGCAAUCUAUUGCAGCCCCACGCAUCACAGCAGUAGCCACCUACUCCAAGGGGUUUGCAUGCUCAGCUGGCCUGGGAACAGUAUGUGUCUUUGAGAAGACAGAGGAAAAAGAUAAUUACAGGAGAGCAAGGGAAAUUCAGAUCCCACAGGACCAGCACAGUUAUGAGCCAAGUAAUGCUGAGCAUCAAGAGAUUCUUACCUUAUGCAUCAGUCCUUCUGAGGAGACCCUGCUUGCCAGCACGGAUCACGGCCAGCUCUACAGCAUUGCCCUUUCUUCUGCAGAGAUUAAGGGUGAGCAAGCACAGUUUGAGUUCCUGUCUUAUUGCUUCCAUUCAGGCGUCAUCACAGGACUCGACGGAUGCAUUCGUAAGCCUCUGAUUGCUACCUGCUCGCUGGAUCGCUCUGUACGCAUCUGGAACUUCGAGACCAGGUCUCUGGAACUGUAUAAGGAAUUCCAGGAAGAAGCUUACAGUGUAGCCCUGCAUCCAUCUGGCCUUUAUGUUCUGGUGGGAUUUUUAGAUAAACUGCGCCUCAUGAACCUGCUGAUUGAUGAUAUCAGGAUAUUUAAAGAAUUUACAGUGCGAGGUUGUAGAGAGUGCUCUUUCAGUCAUGGUGGGCACCUCUUUGCAGCGGUUAAUGGGAAUGUCAUCCAUAUCUACUCUACCACUACAUUUGAAAAUAUUCUAAAUCUGAAAGGCCACAAUGGAAAGGUUCGUUCAGUCGUUUGGAGCCCUGAUGACAGCAGGCUGGUGUCCUGUGGAAUGGAUGGGGCCGUCUAUGAAUGGAACACCCUCACUGGCAAGAGAGAAUCAGAAUGUGUCCUAAAAUCAUGCAGCUAUACUGGAAUCACCAUGUCUCCAGACGCUAAAGCCACCUUCGCCGUCGGUUCUGAUCUCACGCUAAAGGAGAUUGCAGACUCUCAGAUCCUGCGUGAGAUUCAGUCAGAUGUUUCCUACACAUCAAUUGUGAUGUCUCAUUCAGGUCGAAUGCUUUUUGUUGGCACAUCAGCUGGCACCAUCCGUUCGAUGAAAUACCCACUGCCCAUACAGAAGGAAUGGAACGAAUGUUAUGGCCAUGCAGCACCAAUCACAAAGAUGACCAUAACAUAUGAUGAUCAGUUCCUGCUGACUGUCUCUGAAGAUGGGUGUCUCCUCAUAUGGAAGAUAAUCGAUAAGGAAGGACGAGGGCUGAAAAGUGAGAAGGAAGUUACAUAUGCAGAAGAGAUUCUCAUAACCAAGUCCGACUUGGAGGAAAAGAAUCAGAUCAUGCUGGAACUGAAAACAAGAGUGGAAGAAUUAAAAAUGGAGAAUGAAUAUCAGCUUCGGCUAAAAGACAUGAACUAUAAUGAGAAAAUUAAAGAGCUUACUGAAAAAUUUAUCCAGGAAAUGGAAGCACUGAAAACAAAAAGUCAGGUCCUUAAAAGUGAAAUGGAGAAACAGCAGUUGAAGUAUACACAGGAGAUGGUCGACUUAAUAGAAAAGCAGUCAAAAGAGCAACAAGAUUUGGAAUCUGCUAACAACCAGAAGCUAAUGCUGGAAUACGAGAAAUACCAAGAGCUCCAGACGAAGUCCCAGCGCAUGCAGGAGGAAUACGAGAAGCAACUGCAUGAGUUGGAGGAAAGCAAGUCCUUGGCAUUGGAGGAUCUCACAGAAUAUUAUGAGACCAAGAUAGAGGAGAAGCAGACCACUUUAGAACAGUGUCAGGAUGAGUCCCGGCAGCAAGUGCGGGAGUUUGAGGAAACCAUAAAGCAAGUGGAGGAGGAUGGCGACAGAGAGAUACUCGACAUAAAGACCAAGUUUGAAAGUCAAGUUAAGGAGGAAAAAAAGGCCAACCUGCUGCUGAAAGGCGAGACCGGCAUCAUGAAAAAGAAGUUAAGCAGUCUGCAGAAGGACAUUGAAGACAGGAACUUUGAAAUUGAGAAGCUGAAAUUAGAGCAACAGAAACUGCAAGAAGUCAUCAAGUCCCUAGAGAAGGAUAUCUCUGGGCUGAAGAAGGAGAUCCAGGAGAGAGAUGAGACCAUCCAAGACAAGGAGAAACGUAUAUAUGACCUGAAAAAGAAAAACCAGGAGUUGGAAAAAUUUAAGUUUGUAUUGGAUUACAAAAUCAAAGAGCUGAAAAAGCAGAUUGAACCAAGAGAAAAUGAAAUUAAAGAAAUGAAAGAACAAAUUCAAGAGAUGGAGGAAGAACUGGAGCGUUUCCACAGUAAGAAUACACAGCUGGAACUGAAUAUCACAGAACUGCAGCAGAAGCUGAAAGCGACCAAUAAGGAGAAGCAAAAGGAGAUGCAGAGGGUCCGAGAUGUAGAAGCAUUAGUGAAGAGGUUUAAAACUGACUUGCACAACUGCGUGGGUUUUAUUCAAGAACCAAAGAAGCUGAAAGACACCAUACGUGAGCUCUAUGACAGAUAUGUCCACCAGUCAGAUGUGGUGGAGAUUGUAGGAGUGGAUGCAGAUAUUCAGAGGGAGUUUGCACGCCAAAGAGAACACCUGGAAAGAAGUGUUGGCUCGUUGCAGAAAAAACUUGUAAAGGACACAGAUAUUCACCGGGCUGAAAACAUCCGGAUUAUGCAGGAAAACGUCUCUCUAAUUAAGGAAAUCAAUGACCUGAGAAGAGAAUUGAAAAUGGUCCGUUCCAGUGCUCACGACCAAGAGAGGGUGAAGAUAAGUAGGAAGCAGUUUAGCCCGGAUCUGAAAGGAUCCUCUCUGGACAAUCACAUUAGCCCAGUUGUUGCUAGAAUUAACUUUGAAGAGGAGGCAGAACGAAUCAUGGAUCUACAGAAGCUGGAAAUCCAACGUCUUCGGGAUCAAAUCCAGGCCCAAGAGCAGAGCUAUCCACUGAGGCCUCCUUCAGGUGGAAAACUGCCGGCCAUCACCACCUGAGUUAGAAUUCCUCCUCGUUUUCACUGGAGGCCUGUCUGUACUGCAUAAUGUUUAAAUCACAGUAAUGGCCGGACUGGACUCAGCCCUGUUUUUCUAGCUAACUUUAGUUUUCUCAAGAGCAAGUGUUCAUUUUCCAGUUUACAGUAGAAGGGAUAUGAGAACUGCACAGUACUUCCUGAGGCCAGUGAUGGUGGGUUCAAAGGAAAUGCAGAGAAGAAGCUGCAGAAAAAUGCUCCUUUAAAAGAGAAGAUAUCAACAAUCAGAGGAAAAAUUAAUCAGCUACUGAACACAAGGUCACCAGCUAAAAAAUGAAUCUAAGUUCAAAGAAGUAAGGCAUUGACUUGUUAAUUAAACUGGGCUUGCUGUAUUAUCAGAUAUUUUUAAUCUUUUCCUUUGUAGAUUAAAAGUGAUUCAC